CAACGGGGUACGCAUGAAAGAAAACGGACUUUUUUCCGCUUUGAUUAAAUGGUCGGAUCUCAAAACCCAAAACUUAGCUAGAUUUUAGGAGUGUGUUGAGGUCCGUAUUCUCUCACAUCUUCUUCACAAACUCUCCUCUCUUUUUCGCUCUUUUUUAUCUCAUCUCAAGCUCAAUUUCCAACAACACUAUCAUAAAAGGCCAAAGAGAGUGAACCAACAACUGAGAGAGAGAGAGAGAGAGAGAGAGGUCAUUCCAGACCAAAAAUGGGAAAAUCAACUGUAUCUUGCUUCAAGAUCAUAACGUGUGCUGGCGAUCCCGUCGAUGUUGAAGCCUCUGAGAGCAAGGCUUCAGGAAACAAACGUGGAUGGAGUUUUCGGAAGAGAUCUGCCAGGCAUCGAGUGCUAAGCAACACUGUAAUUUCAGAAAUGCAAUCUUCAGAUAACAGCCCAGAAACUGCUAAUGUCAACUUACAAACUCAUCCCAACCCCACUUUUCCAGAGAAAACCUCUGCAAUGCCAUGGACAGAUGAGAUACCCCAAUUAUCAACUUCAGUGGUCUCGAAAGUAUCUGACACCAGAGUUGCUAUAGAGGACAACACAAUGCAUGAUGUCAAACCAGAUGAAUCAAAAGUAUCUGAUACCAGCGUUAUUAUAGAGGACAACACAAUGCAUGAUGUCAAACCAGAUGAAUCAAAAGUAUCUGAUACCAGUGCUAUUAUAGAGGACAACAUAAUGCAUGAUGUCAAACCAGAUGAAUCAAAAGUGCCUGAUGCCAGCAUUGUUAUAGAGGACAACACAAUGAAUGAUGUCCAACCAGAUGAAUCAAAAGUAUCUGUUACCAGUGUCAUUAUAGAGGACAACACAAUGCAUGAUGUCAAACCAGAUGAAUCCAUUAUAGUUGUUAUCCAGGCUUCUAUCAGAGCAUUUUUGGCCCAGAGAGAAAUUCUGAAGCUUAGGAAUAUAGUUAAGUUGCAAGCUGCUGUACGUGGGCAUUUGGUUCGGAGGCAUGCUGUGGGAACUCUACGAUGUGUUCAAGCCAUUGUCAAAAUGCAAGCUGUUGUCCGUGCACGUUUUGCUCACCUUUCUUCUGAAGGGAAGCUAGAUGGGAAUCAUGUGAAAGAUAACCAUAGUUCAAAGCUAUUGGAAAAGGGUAAUUCAGUAACCAAGCCAAAUGUAACGUACGCUUCCAUUGACAAGCUGCUUAGCAACAAGUUUGCUCAUCAGGUACUGGAGUCAACGCCAAGGACCAAACGUAUUCACAUUAAGUGUGAUCCUUCUAAAUCUGAUUCAGCUUGGCAAUGGUUGGAGAGGUGGAUGUCUAUUUCAUCAAUGGGAGUUGAACAGCUGCAGAAGCCGAACUCAGUAAUAGAGCAGGAGGAAAAGGUUGGGUGUUCUGCCAGUCAAGUAGAAACUAGAUUUCCAUCUGAAGGUUGUGAGUCAAUAGAUUUGAAGGCUGAUAUCACAGAAACAGUAACGUCUUGUAAAAGUGAAGAAAAUUUGGUAACUUGUGAUGCAUACUACUUUGAGUUUCAACCAUGCCAACCAAGCUCAUCUUCCAAAAGUGAUGAUCUGGUGCCUCCUCAGCCUGGGAACUCAGGCACGUUAAAAUCAAUAAAGAACUCAUUGGAGUUGCAUCAUAAUCAAACUGACCAAUCAGAUUUGAUAUCUGAGAUGGAGCUCAAGUCAAUUUCUAGUAAUCCUGAAAUGGAGAGUAAACAGACUUCAGGCAUGUCAAAAUCUAAAGAGAGCUCAUUGGAGUUGCUUUCUAAUCAAACUAAUCAAUCAGAUUUGAUUUCUCAGACGGAGCUCAAGUCAAUUUCUAGUAAGCCUGAAAUGGAGAGUGAACAGAUCUCACACUCUGUGAAAAUAAUUGCUCCUGAACAAGUGGAGACUCAGGGAAAGAAGCUUGCGUUUGGAACAAGAAAGGCAACUAAUCCUGCAUUUAUCGCUGUUCAGUCAAAAUUUGAGGAGCUGAGUUUGCCUGCCAAUUCGGCAAGAUCAACCUGCAAUCAAGAUGUCGGAGUUGAAUCAAACUCAGACGCAAUUUCAUCUGCCAUGGAAAAUGCAAUCAGCCCAAGGGAGAUUGGCCUGGGAGAGGACUCAGUUUUGCGUACCUCAAGGGUUAAAGUUGGUUCAGAAUGUGGGACUGAACUUUCUAUUUCUUCUACUCUUGAUUCCCCAGAUAGGUCUGAGAUUGGAGCAAUGGAAGUUGAGCAGGAAGCCGUGCUUGCAGAGGAAGGGACUAACUAUCCGAAUAACUCUAAGAACCUAGAAAUUGAAGCCAAUGAUCAGGCCACCAUCCCGGGAUCAGAUUUAUCCUAUUCCAUCUCGGAUCAGCCAGAGAAACUUGACGAUGUUAAUGGUGCCGAUGGCGAGCCUGUCAAUUCAGUUACAGCUGUAGAUUCCUUGCAGGAAAAGCAGAAACCAGAGACAAAUGUGUCUAAUGUACAGAUUGAGUUGGAGUCGGAGACGGAUCAUAAAGCAUACAACUCGGAGACGGGUCAUCAAGCUUACAAGUCAUCACCAGAAGCUUCAGCAAAAAGCCAUUUGACAAUCCCUGAAUCCCACGGAACACCUUCUAGUCAGGUAUCGGUGAAAGCUGAGAGGACUAAAAGUAAUAGUGCUGCAUCUAAACGUAAGUCUUUGUCAGCUGGUAAAACGUCCCCUACGAAUCCUGACCAUGAUUCCGGUGUAAGGAGUAGUUUAGAACAAUUGCCUAAAGAACGUAAGACUGGGAAGCGACGCAAUUCAUUUGGUUCAGCGAGACCUGAUAAUGUUGAUCAGGAACCAAGAGAUAGUAACAGUAAUAAUUCUCUCCCAAAUUACAUGCUAGCAACAGAAUCUGCAAGAGCCAAAGCUCUUGCCAAUAGCUCCCCGAGAUCAAGUCCGGACAUGCAAGACAAGGAGAUUUAUGUCAAGAAGAGACACUCCCUUCCUAGUGCAAAUGAGAAGCAUGGAUCUCCUCGUAUCCAUCAGUCUACAUCUCGGGCACAGCAGGGCGCAAAGGGAAAUGGUCACCCUCAUGAGAAAAAGUGGCAAAGGUGAAGAUUGACAGUAUGGAGAAGCAAAACAGUAUUUAAUGAGUCCUAGAAGUUCGAGUUAAUUGAGGCCAAUCUGUUUCGUGAGUAGCUAUCUAAUUUUGCUUGAUGCUAUAGGGCAUGCACUGGAUUGGGGUUUGCUGGUAAAGAAUGUAGAGAAUGGAGUGAGAUUUUAUGUAAAUUAUUGUCGCAGUUACCAUCUUGUCAUUGUUAUUUUCUGUUUGAUUAUAAAGAUUUAUGCUUUGGAGGUUUGCUUGUAUGAUUGUUCAAUAGUACUUCUGACAUUAUUUUAGGUUUGUUGUAUAAUGGUUUUGUUUGGAUUAUUGAAGGUUUGAUAUAGUGGUAAAUAAAUUGAAUUUUUUAAUC